UGCGCUCGUCAGUCGUCAGUUUUUCUUCAGUGGCUCCGCGCGUUUCGCAUUUUGUUGUGCGGGCUGCUACUCCGCAGCAGCAGGAAAACUACACAUACAUACACACAACUGAAAAACUUGGCUUUUUAAUAAAAAUAAAUUCAAUUUUAUUGCUUCUUCUCCCGCGCGCUUUUACACAUAUACAAAUCGUGCGUAUCUCUAUCUCUGUGUGUGUAUUAACAUAAUUUUGAUGUGCAAAGCUCUUUAAAGAAAAAAAUCUAAUCAAAACGACACGACGACUAUGUGCUGCCUGUGAUUCUAUUUCGUUAAACUGACAUAACUACAAGCAUUUGACAAAAACAAGAAGGAAGAUAACAGCAAGAAGAAAAAGCAGACAAACCAAACAACAAGUUUACAACAAAACAAAAACAAAGCAUAUUUCAACUGCCUGCUACAUUAAACUGAAAUUUCCUGAAAGCUGCAAAAAGAAAAACGCGCCUGGCAGAGAGCACAACUCCAAGCGGCAGAGCCACGUCGAACGACGACGGUCGGCAAAAGGCUUCUUCCCUUCCUUCCUUUAAACUGUUUAACAAUUCGGGGCAAACAUGGACGACGAUCAACAGUUUUGUUUGCGCUGGAAUAACCAUCAGAGCACGCUAAUCAGCGUCUUUGAUACGUUGCUGGAAAAUGAGACACUAGUCGAUUGUACGCUUGCUGCCGAGGGCAAAUUUCUCAAGGCCCACAAGGUGGUACUAUCAGCAUGCAGUCCCUACUUUGCUACAUUGCUGCAAGAACAGUACGACAAGCAUCCAAUUUUCAUACUCAAGGAUGUCAAGUACCAAGAGUUGCGCGCCAUGAUGGACUAUAUGUAUCGCGGCGAGGUGAACAUCUCGCAAGAUCAACUGACCGCGCUUCUCAAAGCCGCCGAAUCGCUGCAGAUCAAGGGCUUAUCCGACAAUCGCAGCGGCACCGGCCCAGCAGCUGCUGCAGCACAACAGCAAGCACCCAAACCGGAUACACAUCAUCGCGUCAAGCUGAGUGCACCCUAUACGCUGGAGCAGACCAAGCGUGCGCGCAUCACAAGCGGCGCAGCUGCCCCUGGUGCUGGCAUGGUGGAUGCCGCCGAUGUGUCUGGUUCGCGUGAAGGCUCCUCCAGUCCAUCACGUCGUCGUCGAAAAGUGCGACGCCGCAGCAUGGAAAAUGAUGUGCACGACAACUCCAAUUCGUCAGUGCUAGCCGCCGCCUCCAAUCAGUCAAUCCUCCAACAAACAAGCGCUGGCCUCGCCGCCUCCGCACUGGUCAGCACUCAAUUGGCCAGCGGCAGUGCAGCAAGUGCAACGGCCGUCAGUGCAACAGCCUGCGGCAACAGCAGCAGCAGCGGAAGCCAAGUAUCCAACCAGCCAUUGACCACCAGCAGCAGCAGUAACGUUACCAAAAAGACUGAAAGCGCUAAACUAACAUCGACCGCAGCUGCCCAGGGCGCCCAACAACAGCAGCAGCAGCAGCAACAAACAACAAGCGAUGCCAUUAACACCGACAAUGUACAACAACAACAACAACAACAAAAUCAAGGCGCCCAAGGCGAUGCUGAAGAUAUGGAUGUGGCAAGUGGUGCUGCUGGCGGUGCAAGUGGCGCCGUUGCCGUUCACACUGGUGUCGUUAAGCAAUUAACAACGCUCGAUAAGUCGAAUCAUAAACAAAAGAUCAAAGAUAAUAGCAUAACAACAACUGAAAUGGUAAUUGAGCCCAAGGCCGAAUACGAUGAUGAUGCGCACGAUGAGAAUGUUGAGGAUUUGACUUUGGAUGAGGAGGAUAUGACAAUGGAGGAGCUGGACCAAGCGGCCAGCACCAGUCAGGGUGGCGAAGGAUCUAGUCAAGCAUAUGCAACAUGGCAACACGACAGAUCUCAGGAUGAACUUGGACUAAUGGCCGCACAGGAUGCACAGCAACGGGAUCCACAAGAUGACAAUGGACAGCUGGACUCGGGCGAAUCUCGUAUACGCGUGCGCAAUUGGCUCAUGUUGGCGGAUCAGUCGAUCAUAGACAAGACUAGCGACGAGUCUACAGAUAAACUAACUCCGAGCAAAAAGCCAAACAUAAACGCUGCUAAAAACACUAACAAUGCCAAUGCAAAGCCACCCACGACACCUGCAACAAUCAGCACAACGCCGCCGGCGACGAGAACGCUCAACAACAGCAGCAACAACAGCAAUAGCAACAACAACACAAACAACAACAGCAACAACAACAAUGUUGUUGGCGAAAAGACAACCGGCAGCUGUUUACCCGUGCUGGACCCAAAGACGCAAACGGUGACUCGAAUUGGCAGCAUCGGACGCACAACGAUUGCGUGCAUCACGCCGGCGAGCCUGAAGAAUAGCGCUAGCAACUGCAAUGUGGAUGCCGCAUCGGCUGCGGCGCUGGCCGCUGCAGGCGUUGAGCUGGACAGCAUUGAUGAUUCGAUGACCGAGGUGAUAGUGAAGAUUGAGAAUCCGGAGAAUGUGUCGCUCAAUGGCGACGAGGCUGUGUGCAAUGAGGCUAUCGAUGAUGAGAAUACAUUCGAUUAUGAUCUGAAGAUGGCCAGUCCAUUGUCCUGGACCUAUGAUGCGGUCAAGAUUGAGAACGAGGAGUUCGAGGAUAGCUAUUUAAUGGAUAACGAUGAUGACGACGACGAUCUGUUGACCACCGCAGCGGCCACACAGAAGCAUGCCAAGCAAUCAAACGACAAGCAAAGAAACGGCAGCAACAGCAGCAACAACAACAACAGCAGCAACAAGAUUGUGCUCAGCACACAGCAACAGCAGCAACUGUUGCUGGAGCAACAGCAGCACUUGCAGCAUCUGCAGCUGCAGCCCACCAGCCAAUCGCUGCAGAUCAAGCUGCCCACCAUACCGGCGACCAUAACCACCAUCGCAGCACCACAAAAACAGCCGAUAGCCAGCACCAGCGGUGGUGCGAACAUAACCACCGCCAAUUCAACGCUGCUGUCCAGUAAGCUGGGCCUCAAUAUGGACGCACAGAAUCUGAAUUUGCACUGGUCGCACACGGAUGACAAUCGCUAUCGGAUUCUGGUGCAGAAUAAGCGCAUGCGCAAGGAGUCGCUGGAGCAUUCGGCGGACAUGAUCUAUAAUGCGGACAUUGAGAAGCCGUGGGUGUGCCGCAACUGCAAUCGCACCUACAAAUGGAAGAACAGCCUCAAGUGUCAUCUGAAGAACGAGUGCGGCCUGCCGCCCCGCUACUUCUGCAGCAAGAUGUGCGGCUAUGCGACGAAUGUGCACAGCAAUCUGAAGCGUCAUCUCAAUACCAAGUGCCGUGAUCGCGAGAAGGAGGAGGAGGAGAAGGAGAAGGAGAAGGAAAAGGAGAAGGAGAAGGAGCGAAAGCUGGCACCAGCUCCAGUCAAUGCAAUCGCCAACAGCAGCAGCAAUAUUGUCGGCGGCAACAACAAUGCCAACAGCAACAACAACAGCAACAACAACAACAACAACAGCAGCAACAGCAGCACCUACACACUGGUCUUUCAAAAUGAAUAGUGGCUCCAGGCAAACAAUAUAAAUGUUGUACAAAUAAGCUAUGGGAACUGGCAACUGGUAAAUGGUAACUGGAUCUGGUGGCAACCAAUAAGCAACAACCAGAACUUAACUUAGUAAAAAUUAAGUUUUUUUUUGUACAAUAUUGUUUUUUUUUAUUAUUUUUGUCUCUAACAAGCACGUGUGCAAUGUUUGUUGCUGCCACUCCAAAAAAGGAGCAGCACGGAAUCUGUCAUAAGUUGUUCCUUUUUUUAUAACAUCUUUUUCGAACAAACUUUUUUGUUGCAUGCCCCACGCACGCUGUGCCAUCAAGUUGCAGAGGAACCCCCAAAAAAAAAAGAAAACACAACUAAAUUAAAAGAGACAAAAAUUAGUUUUAGUUGGCAAUACAAAACGUUAAUUUUUGUAUUGUUUUAGCGAAUUCUCAAAAGAAAAACUAAAAAAAAACAACUUAAAAGAAAAACAAAAAAAAAAAAAAGAAAGCAAAUAAGAAAUGUGUACAUUUUUUUCCGAGAAAAAUCUCACACAAAACGCAAGAAAUUAUAUAACUAGUCACAGCAAAAAUUGUUUAAGUGUGCUAUACAACAUAAACAAAAAGAAAAACAAAAGAUUUUUGUAUUAAUUAUUAAUUUUAAAUAAAACUAAAACAAACCAAAAAUCAUAUGCAUGGCAUGAAGACGCGCCCUCCCCAAACAAAAAAACGAACACCAAAAACAAAAAAACAAAAAAAAAAGAUUAUAUGACACUCACACAUACAUAGAUACAUAAUACAUAACUAUAUCUGUGUACAUUUAAAUAAAAAACCAUUUACAAUAUUGGUUUUCACUUAGUUGCAAUCGAAUUUUUCUCAUACAUUCCAUCUUUUGGUUAGAAACAUUUUCAACUACAACCAAUUUUUGGGCAUUAACUAUGUUAGAAUUGCUUUAUAUAUACAUAUAUAUACACAUAUAUGAUAAUGAGAACAAGUUCUAGUCAAAACAAAAGGAUAUGAUUAUAUUAUAAUAAUAAUACGUAUUAAUAAUAAAUAAUAUCUAUACAAAUAAUUUGAAAAUUAGACAAAAAUUAUUAUGAUUAAUUCUAAAAUAAUGUUUUAAUUUUUAAUUCGAAAAUAUCAGCGAAUGCUUUUCUAAAAAUGUCGAACAAAAAAAAAAUACACAAAUUGUUAGAUUUAAAAAAGAAAAACAACAACAACAAACACAACUAAACCCGGCCAUACAAAAAAAAAAGCAACAAACAAUUUUCAUAUGUAAAAAGCAAAAGAAAAUUAAAAUU